AUGUUUUACAUAUUCAGAUACACCAUCCUACGAUCCAUAGCGAUGCGCUACUUGCUCAUCCCCGUGUACACUGUCAGCCGCUGGCUCUGCUGGAAGGCACUGAGCGGUUGCUGGUUCAACAUAUUUGGCCCGCAGGCGCCCGAGUGUCCGGUCUCGAAGCAGAGCAAUAGCCCAGUAACCUUCUACAAUCGACCGUUCCCGGAGCCAUUGCUCUUCCGUUCCGAGGCUCGGUCUGAUGCUGAGGAGGAGGGCUCCAAUAAUCUAGAGCAGCCGCCGUCGAAGCUCAUCGAGACCCUCGACGAGAAGGAAUCCAACGCAUCAGUCCCGCCUCCCACAUCGACCGCCUUGCUCUGGCUCCUGACCACGUCGCUCUCGCUCAUCACGGCGCCACUCGUCGAGCCGCGCUACUUCAUUCUUCCCUGGGUCUUCUGGCGUCUGCUGGUCCCUGCGUGGCCAGUACAUGUGUGCACAGACCCGCUCAACCGCGCUCAUCGGCUUGAUCGUGUCAGGGGCGUCGGCUGGCUGUUCAGCCUGGGCAGAAAGAUGGACCUGCGGCUGGUGCUCGAGACGAUGUGGUUCCUGCUGAUCAACUUCGCCACCAUGUAUAUUUUCCUCACAAGGCCGUUCUUCUGGAAGGAUGAGAAUGGCACACUGCUUGAUGGGGGCAGGGUGCAAAGAUUCAUGUGGUAG